GUCAAUCGUAAGUCGCAGAGGAAAACCAGGAAAACGAUUCUUUUUCGGUUUGAAUGUUUUAUCGGUAGAUUAGCUUUGUGAAAAAUAUGGUACUUAGUUAAAUCUUAAGUGAGACUUCUUCCAUGUGAUUAAGUGAUUGAGUAACCAUUAAAAAUGACUGACGAGUUGGAAAACGAAAACUACGUGAUUCAGGUUCGUGCUUUGUUGAACCAGCAAAAAGUUAAGCUUUGGGAAUCACCAUAUUACAACACUUCUACCCAACAAUAUGCUGAAUCAGAGCUAGAGAAAUUGGCCAUUUCGUUUCACGAGCGACUGCAAAUCUCACUCAAGGAUUGUCUAAAAGCGAUUCGAUUUCUGCAGCAGAAUGCCUUGGAUAAACUUAGAAGCAAGGAUGAAUUCCUCAAAACGGGCAUCGCAACAAUAAGGUGUAGGGCGCCAACACAAGAGAAAAUAAAUCGUUACUUCGAUGUUAAGCUCAAAAUCACUAGUCAUGGCCAGGAACUGGCCCAAAUGGUCGCGGAUAAACUGGCUUUGGAUGUGUCAAGAAUAAAACUCGUGUGCGCGGGGAAAGUGCUAAAGAAUCAUUUAACGCUGUCAGAACAGAAUGUCGUCAAUGGUGCCGCCGUUAUGAUUCUUAUUAUGCUGCAGAGCGUGGAAGCCGCACAGCGAGAAUCCAGCACCUACGACCGCAUUCAUAAGAUACGAGCCGACGCGGAACUGCUUAUAAACGAUGAGCGAUCGGACUUUCUAAGUCUAGAGGACCAAGACGGAAAUGCUCUUCAUUUACCUGCCAGCGAAAAGAAAGCCCUUCUGAUGGCAUUGACACUUUACGAGAAGGGAAAAGUUGCCCUUAGAAAGGAAAAUUUUGAAGAAGCUCUACUACUUUUCCUGGAGGCAGAUAGUGACUUUCGUACGUGUAACUCGCAGCUGCUGACCGUUGUCGACAAUUAUGCCCUGUUGAAUUUGGAUAUUGUUUGGUGUUAUCUGUGUUUAAAGAACAUGAACCAACUGCCAGAUGCAGAGCAGCGCUUGCAGUUGUGCGACGAGAAACUUCGUCAAAGUUACGGUGCCAAUAUGAAUCGUGUUACUGCCAUAAAAGGAACCCAACAGUGUAGCGAGAAAGCGCUGCUGUUAAGGCUCCAUCUGCUGAAAGCAGUUUUAUACUUUCAUCAGAACAAACGCAGCGAUGCAGAAACUAUGUUUAGAGUAGUGGAGAGUGAGCUUCAAACUUUAAAAAUAAAUGAUGAAUGCUUAACCACUUUACUCAAUUGCGGUUUUGAGAUAACAGAGUCAAGAAUUGCACUAAGAGCUUGUUCCAAUAACGUCGAACCAGCAAUUGAGUUCAUCAACAACCGAAGGCAAAUGGUUGAAGCCAACGAGAAAAAAUCAAAGCGAGAGAAGAAUCUUUACAAGAAAAUUGGUUACCUCAACGCGCAUGAGUGCCGAAUUAAUGUUGAACACGUUGAUCAGCUUGUAGAAAUGGGCUAUUCGGAGUGUCUCGCCGCCAUAGCUCUGAAACGCACGGGAAAUAAUUUGUACAAUGCUUUGAAUGAACUACAGCAAAAGCAGGAUGAUCUGAAGCAAGAGUUGAUCGCCUCCAUAGAGCCCUCUAAGCAGCUGAUUGAUAAACUUAUCGAUUUGGGCUUCCACGCACAAGCCGCCGAAGCAGCUCUGAAGCAAACGAUAAACAAUUUUGAAGAAGCUUUGGAAUUUCUCAUAAACGUUCGUAAUAGUAACGAGUAUGAUGCAAUGCUGACUAGCACGAGCAGCGAAGUUGCUUCCAACUCUUCAUCAACGCUCAGUUCCAAUGCAGAAACCGUCAAACUGCCAUUAUCUAGUAACGAACAAGCGAGUUCAUCUCGCAAGCAAGAUAAAAACAAUUGUAACAAUGCCAAAAAGGAGAUGAUGGAUAUUUUGUACAAAAGUUUCUCUAAGGAUAUGGACACGACUAGUGACACUUACUUAGAUAUGCCUCUACUUGAGGAGGCAUCCAUUUUAGAUGAGUAUAAAAAGUUAUUGAAUAUGCAAUAGUCAAUGUGUUCUCCAUUGGGCUCAAUUGAUUAAUAACUGAUUAAAAUAAACUAUAUGAGUGAUAUAUUUUAGAUAUAUAAACGCGAUAAAUUUUUAUUUUUUCUGUAUAUUAUUGAAAUGUUUAGCAAUAUAUAUGUUUUACAAA